GACCGGAAGUCACAGUUGCCAGGAGGCAGUAGUCGGGAAGUUUGUGGAUCUGUUAAAUAUGUUGGGCGACGCUUCAGGUUCGGCGGUGGACAAUAUUGUCACCGAGUUCGACACUUACGAGGAUUUCUUGGACUCGCAGAUCACGUCUCAGGAUCUGUUCUAUUUAGAGGAUGAGGAGCUGGCUCGGCAGCUGGUGGAGCUGGGGUACAGGGGAACUGGAGAGGUGCUGAAAAGAGAAGAGUUUGAAAUGAGGAAGACAGCUGCUGAAGCUUCAAGAAUUGCUAAGAGUAGCCAAAAAAAAAUAUUGGCAAGUGCAGGAAAAGAGCUGAAGGAUAAUUUCCUGAUAGAACUGGCACAGAGAGAGGAACCCAACCGUGUCGGGAAAAUGACUUCCGUCAUUUUUAUCCGUGACUACAACUCUCGUGGGCAAGAGAUUUCUGGGUAUAUUGAUUUCGCACACAGACUCAAGACAGAAGACUUUGAAAUUUACUUCAGUGGAAAGAAGAGGCUGUUGCCAAGGAUAACUGACCUAAGCUUCUAUAACUGGGAUUCACACUUGAGUGCAACCAACGCCAGCCUACAUUAUGAGGUCACUGCAAAGAAUGUCUCUGGACUCGUUUUCAAGUCCAAGAGAGACAGAAACAUGUUAAGUGUCGAUCCAAAGAACCUUCCUUCUGAUACAGUCAAACGGACUGUGGUUAAGACCGAUCUUUAUGCCCAAGCUGUCAUUUUUGAUCACUUGAUACGAAGAAAGACUUUGGCAUAAAGGAACUAAGGAAGAUCGGGUCAACAAUUUUUACAUCAAGAAAUUGGCUGAUGAAUUAGCUUGACUGGCUUUGUGUAACUGCUAAAAAAAUAAAAACAGUAACCUGGAA